AAAUAAUUUUUGAUCUUUUGCUUGCUACGCGAUAGCUACGCGUUUGUUUUCGAGAAAGUUAUCAAUUUUUGAGCGAGAAAUAUGGUGUGAAGUUCAUUAAAAUAUCUUUUUGUCCUGAAACAUUUAAUAUACGGUCGUUCACUAUUGUUGAUUAGCUGUCCGGCUUCCAACAGUGUGUUAUUUCUUUUAUUUUGAAUCAUGAGUCGUAGAAGACAGUUCGAGGAAACCGAAGAUGGUUACGAGAGACUCUGUAAAAAGAGACGUAAAGUAUCCGAAAACCAGGAUAUAGAAGACAGAUUGGGAAAAUUGAUUUUGGAAGUUGGAGAAAAAAACACGAACUUGGAAAGCAACUUACAAGGAUUAGCCAGCGUCUUGGAAGGCGACCUGGGCACAUUUCGAGCCAAAGUUUUGAGAAUUCUGACCGAUUGUGCGAUUAAAAUCCCAGAAAAAUGUACGAUUUAUUCAACGUUGGUCGGUUUAUUAAACGUGAAGAAUUACAAUUUUGGAGGAGAGUUCGUAGAGCAUAUGGUCCGAAAUUUAAAGGAUAACUUGAAAUCAUGUAACUGGAAUAGUGCUCGUUAUUGUUUGAGAUUCUUGGCGGAUUUAGUGAAUUGCCACGUUAUUUCUGCGAGUUCGUUGCUGUCGUUAUUUGAGAACCUACUAGAUGUUGUUAAAGAAGAAGGUGUACCGAUGGUUCGUAAAGAUUGGUACGCGUAUGCUGUAUUAUCAUGUUUACCUUGGGUUGGUCGAGAAUUAUACGAGAAGAAAGAGCAAAACUUGAAUAUGAUGCUGGCCACUAUUGAAGUGUAUUUGAAUAAAAGAUCGAAAAAGCAUCUUGGUGUUUUGCGGGUCUGGUCUACAGAUAAUCCUCAUCCUCAGGAAGAAUAUUUGGAUUGCCUUUGGGCGCAGAUCAAUAAGUUAAGACAGGACAAUUGGACGGAGAAUCAUAUUUUGCGACCGUACUUGGCUUUCGAUAACAUUCUGUGUGAAGCUUUGCAGCAUAACAUCCCUCUGAUUAUACCUCCGCCGCAUCAUCCGUCUUAUAAGUAUCCGAUGCCAUGGGUAGUAUUUCGAAUGUUCGAUUACACCGAUUGUCCUGAAGGUCCUAUUUUGCCGGGAGCUCACGCGAUAGAACGAUACUUGAUAGAAGAGCAUUUGCAUCAAAUUAUCGAAUUGUAUCACUUUGAGAGAAAAGAAUGUGCUCAGCAGCUCAUGAACUUCCCAUAUAAGCUUAAUAUUCCCCUGGAAUAUUGUGUUAUUGAAGUGAUAUUUGCCGAAUUGUUGAGUCUCCCUGCACCGAGGUAUAUAGAAAUAUUUUACGCAUCUUUACUCUUGGAAUUGUGUAAAUUGAAGCCGUUCACUGUACCUCAGGUUUUAGCUCAAGCUACUGAAAUGUUCUUCUUCCGAUUGGAAAAUAUGAACGUGGCAUGUUUUGACAGAUUGGUUACAUGGUUCGGUUAUCAUUUGAGUAAUUUCAAAUUCAGCUUUGCUUGGGAUGAUUGGGAAGCAUCGGUAAAAUUUCAUCCUGAACAUCCUCAACCGAAGUUUAUUCGUGAAGUACUACUCAAAACUAUGAGGUUGUCGUAUCAUCAACGAAUUUGCGACAUGGUUCCCAAAAGCUACGCUCAGUUACUUCCCGAAAAACCCGAGCCCAAAUAUAAAUAUAGCCCCGAUAAUUCGAGUGAAGUGGAAGGUGUACAGUAUGCGCAAACUCUAUCCACAGCCAUUCGUCAGAAAAGCCCGGAGGAUCAGAUAAUAAAUAUUUUGAAGGACAUACCGAAUCCUUUACUUAUGGAGAGCAGUGGGGAUAUGGAACCUAGAUGUAAUCCGUUACAAAUUGAUGUGUUCGCACAAACGUUGCUGUUUUUGGGAGCUAAAUCAUUCACGCAUUCGUUUGUCGCCAUCAAUCGUUAUUAUGAGGUUUUGAAAUGGUUAGCCGAAAGUGAAGAAGCACAGCUUUGCGUACUGCGAAGUAUUUUCGAAUUAUGGCGUACUCACCAACAAAUGCUCAUCGUUUUGAUCGAUAAGUUGUUGAAGAAUCAAAUUCUAGAUUGUUCUUCUGUCGCCAAUUGGAUAUUUUCGAAAGAAAUGUCGUCAGAAUUCACGAAAUUGUAUGUUUGGGAAAUAUUAUACCUGACUAUAAACAAGAUGUCGAAGCACGUUAAUCGUCUUACCAAGGAAUUAACCGAAAUGAGAGAAAAAGUGGGACACACCAAUGGUAGCUCUGAUAGUGAAGACGAAGAACCACAAAUUAAAACAGAAGAAAAAAUAACAGAGGAAAUGGUCGAAAAAAUGGAAGAAAAGUUGGAAUCUGCGCAAGGAGAUCAGAAAAAUUUAUUCCUCAUUAUUUUCCAGAGAUUUAUUAUGAUACUCGGAGAACAUUUGGUGAGAUGCGAUACCGAUGGUAUCUCUCAUGAGAAUUAUUGGUACAAGUGGACUAUUGGCCGGCUUCAACAAGUAUUUUUAGCCCACCACGAUCAAGUUCAAAAAUACAGCGGUACUUUGGAGACUUUAUUGUUCACUCAAGAUCUUGAUCCGCAUAUUUUAGAAGUAUUCCAUCAGUUUUUAAGCUUGAGAGGUUAAGUUCCUAGUCUGUGCGUACAACCGAGUCCAAAUUGACAUUUUUCUUUUCUGUUUGUACUCAGUGAAUAUGUGACUAUUUUGGGCACGUAGCCUUUUAUUAGUUAUGAAGUUAACUCGAGUUAUCAUUACUUAAGAAUAUUGCAAAUAAUAUUACUUUUCAAGUAGGUAAUAAAAUUUUUAUUCCAACUAAGUUGAGAUACACAUUAUGAUUUCAUAAAUCGUAGAUUCGAUUUCUAAUGCUAUUGUGAUACAGAUUAAUCGAAAUGUCUUUUUCUUAAUUCACGGGUAUUUAUGAUAUUAUUUAUUGCAUUAAAAAUCAUGUUAAAAAAAUAAUUAUAUCUAUACAUUUUCACUUAGA